CCCACUCAUCUCUCAUCAUCAACCAUGCUUGCAAUUUCAUCACUUCUCUUUGUCUCUUGAUCUAUGUUAUUAUUGUGACAGCUAGGAAUUAUCUUGAAGCCCCACUCCAAAUCCAAUUAACAUGUCUGAAAAGAGCUGCGGUCACCGCCACGACGAAAGGAAGAAGCUCUACCGCCGGAUAUUCUGGUUGGUCAUCGCUAUCUUUGUCAUCAUCGGCUUGGUGAUCUUGCUGGUUUGGGCCAUUCUCCAGCCCAAAAAGCCGACUUUCAUCCUCCAGGAUGCUACGGUGAAUGCCUUGAGUCUUUCAGGCUCAAAUUUCCUUAGUAGUAACAUUGAGGUCACCAUAUCCGCCAAAAACCCCAAUGAGAGGAUUGGUAUUUACUAUGAAAAGCUUGAUAUCUAUGCUUCCUACCGUAACCAACAAAUAACCCUUGCAACUGAGCUGCCUAGGAGUUACCAGGGCCACAAAGAUAUCACGAUUUGGUCUCCCUUUCUAUAUGCUAAUUCUGUGCCUGUAUCUCCAUAUCUAGCUGCUGCUUUGGGCCAAGACCUGAAUGCUGGAGCGGUACUCGUCAAUAUCAAGGUCGAUGGGAUACUCAAAUGGAAGGUUGGCUCUUGGAUUUCAGGCAAGUACCGAAUCAACGUCAAUUGUCCGGCCUACAUGACUUUUGGCAACCGGUUCCAUGGCAUUGCCGACGGGGAAGGGAUCAAGUAUCAGUUUGUGCAAAGUUGCUCUGUGGAAGUUGCUCCUAGCUAAUUAAAGCUAGCCACCUACUAUUGUUCAUGUUUUCUUUACUAAUAGCAGGUUGUUCGCUUUUUCUGUUCCAUUGAUUAUUUGACUUCUUUUGUUUUAAUUGAGUUUAAUUACCGUUAUAGCAUUAUAUCCGAUUCUUUUCUUUUUA